ACAUCACGUUACCACUUUAUUUUUCAAUGGGAAUCCAUUACAUAAUCACAGCUGCUCAGAGGACACGAUCAGACACUGGAAAAGUUUUCACAUGCAAAUGGAAAAGUGCUGUCAGCAGCUUCAAAGCCUCGGUGGGUCAGGGUAUGUCCUCGUUGUAGAAACAGCUCUCCCACUGUAUUCUGUAUCCUUCAAGCACACUUCUAUUUUUGGAGCAGAUGUCACUGCCUGCUGUCAGGGAGGAGCUGGAGUUCACCGUGGUGCUGAUCCAAAUUACAGGGUUUCAAACUUAUUUCAAGUGAUUUUGUCUGUGAAAGAGCCCGUCUCUACAGCAAAUGUGAAAAGCCACAGGGCACAGUGUUGGAGCAUGUUGUAGAGCCUUUGACUAAUGACUAUUUUUGAGUGGUGUCUCGUGGAGAAAGAUCUGCUUUCAGACAUGUUUGACAGUGUACAGCGUCAUAGUACUGUAGGAACUCUGCGCUACAAUCAGCCACACUGGCACAAUGGUGGCUUAAUGGCGUAAUGUUAAAUCCCUUGCUGUCCGACCUGAAAGUAUAAUUUAAUUAUGUGUUGAAUUGGGCUUAUUCAGAACCGACAGCACUCGGUGCAUGAAACAGGGCAUCAUCGCUGCGUGCAUAGCACCCCCUGCAGGGAAGAGGGAGGACUCAGCUUAUAAAUGGUGUACGUGAGAAUUGUAGCACACCUUUCCUGUAACACAGUUAUUGGACCUACCACACGUUGUAAUGGCACUAAAGCUGUUGUGUGUUUUGACUAAGAUGUGAACAGAUUAUUAAAGGUGUAAAAACGUGUGUGUUUGCAGCAAUGACUGGCCACACCCUCUGAAAAAACAAUGGUUUUGGAUCAGAUGUGAAAAUAACAACUGUAUCCUACCUCUGAUUUUAUUCACGGUUGGGAUUUGGCUAGAACUAAUGAGAAUUCGUUGUCAUUAGAAGGCAACACAAGCACUGUGGUGUGGGUGUUACAGAGACUACGUUUAAAGAAGAAGAAGAGGGAGGAAAACCCAUCCCUGCCAGCUGACUGGUGGGAUAUACUGGACCUUUAAUGCAGCUGCAGCUGAUUCAUUCAGAUGCUGAGUGGAGCGGCAGAUGACCGGAGGAGGAGAAACGGCAGGAGGACGCACAGCUCUAUUCUAAUCUCAUUUCCAAACCUACUUGGAUGCACACUGAGACAUCUUUCUCCCCACCCUCCUCCACCCUGAAAGAAUUUAGCGGAGGAGAGCGCUGUCCUGGAUGCAGACUGAGCGGAUUGCCGCAGCCAAAGCGUCCAGGGUGAACGGAGAUCCGAAGCAGCAGCAGCAGCAGCAGCAGCAUCCGGAGAAGCAGCAUCACAGGAUUUGAAAUAACGUCACUACGAUCCCAUUUUUACAUUUACACUCAUCAGCUCUCCACUCACGGACUCUUUCAUCAGGUAACCACAUGCGCGGGCCGGUGUCUCCGCGCUGAGACCAGAGAGAGAGAGAGCACGACAAAGAGUGGGCGAGAGAGAGAAACAGGAGAGAGGGAGUGUCCAGGAAAAGUGGACCGGAUGACGGCCAAAACCUCCGAGGCCUCGCGGCUCCCGGUGCCGCUGCACCGCUGCCACGGGGCCCUCCACGGUGCCAACAACGGCACCUGCGUGGAGCAGCUCAGCAUCUUCCCGCCCUUCUCGUCCACGCUCGCCCUCCUGGUGCUGGUGGUCGUGCUCGUGGGUAUCGUGCUCGUGUCCCUGGCCACGUUCCAUUUCCACAAGCGGAAGCUCCGGAACAGGAAGAUCCAGCGCGCGCAGGAGGAAUACGAACGCGACAGCCGCAGCCCAGCGCGCGCCGGCGCGAGCCUUGAGCCGGUAAGGCCGUGCGUCAUCAUCAGGCCGGUGAGAUGUGAAGAAAAGGUCGCUGGACCGAGUGGUGACAUCACGGAGGUCAAAGAGCCGCUGCACGAGGAGGUUCCGUUGGACUGUUAACUUCAAAACGCAAAACUUCAGGGAACGAGACUGUGGAUCUAAUGGGAAAAGCAAUAAGGCACAAAGAACUCCCUCUCACACCUCUGCUGCUUUUAGACCACUGUAGGAGCAGCAACAAAAAAAGUUACAUAAAUGCAGAAUACUGAGCAAAA